AUGUAUUCUACGAGGAACUAUCGUCCUUUGCUUGAGAACCAACGUGGCCCUCCCCAGAGAUCCUCUGCUCAAUCUGCUCCGCAAAUCCGGGCUCUCUGGAAAUCCUGGGAAUCGGUUGCUGUGAAUCUUUCUAACGUCCCUAAAGAGGCAAACACAUUGUGUCUCUGGAAGGCGUUUCGAGACCAAGGCAAUAUACUCUCAAUCGAUAUCUUUGAAGAUUCCCAUGGGAAUCGAGCUUCAAGGGCCAAGAUUCGCUUUAGACCACCUCCAUCAACGGCCUUCUGGAAGAGGGGGAACUGGCAAAUCAUUCUACCAAAUGGAAGAUCAUCAUCCGUUUUGCUUAGUCUCGACAAUAAACCCCCUGAGUGGACGAUCCAAAGCUCUGUUCGUCCUGAUGUGUCCUAUCCAGCGGAGAUUGACAUCCCCAUUUCUUCCAUGGAUAUCGGAAUACUUGUCAAUGACACAACUAUGCGGCCCAUGCGAACCGUAGGAUCUGGGCUGAAUGAAAAUACCUCCUUAGUUCUGAACCUAAGACGCAAGGAUAUGCUGGUGUACUUCCCGAUUUCCACACAUGGUGCCCCGAAUAUAUUGGUAUUUCACGAAUACCGUCUCAGAGUUCCAUUCUCGCAACUGGAUAGGUUUUUUCAAAGCAAGAAUCCUUCAACAGGGGUAAUCUCCCACUUCACCGUCCUGGAAUCGCCGCCAAUCUAUCACCGUCGGAUUAAGAAUAUCGAGACUACCUUUAUCGAAGAGAGUACUUGGAGGGAAUCAGAUACCUGGUUCCGACAGACCCAUAUUGUGCAUAAUCCACAGACACUUGUUACUCUUCCCGUUAACUUGCGAAGACAGGAUCAAAUUAUUGAUAUUGGUCGCUGGAAUGCCUUAAGAAUAAACUUUCCUGCAAAGUGUGAUGAGAGAGGAAAGUUUAGUUUGCUCUGCGAUGCCCUAAGCGAUCAUAACCUGGUCGUUGAGCAGACAGAUCGGUUUACCUUGUGCGAUGGGACAAAGAAAGCACCGCUUCCUAUUUGGAAAUGGAUUGAUGUACCUGAUUCUAAUGGACCAGGUACAUCAUACUCAUCCCUGCAGGAUCUCAUUGAUCCAGCUCACAUCCAUUUACCUUUUGCAGUCCGCUAUCAGCUGGAAGUAUGUCUAUCCCAUGGCUAUCUCUCAGAGUUCAACAUGAGCCGUGAGUUCGCUCUCAACCUAGCCGAACUUGGAGAGAAAGAAGCAACAAGGCUCCUUGAACAUGUAGCGAUGCAAAAAAAGAUCUAUUACAAUCCAAUGGAUAUAUUCAAACUCGAAUUUACCAAGGGAAUUACUGAUAGAAGAAUACCACCCUACUGCUGCUAUAUGCGUUCUGCUAGAAUCACUCCCAGCACCAUAUACUACAAUGUUCCAUCCGUUGAUAUUUCAAACCGUGUUAUUCGACACUACAUCGACCUGGCUGAUAAUUUUCUCCGAGUAAGAUUCACCGAUGAAAAACAGCUCGGCCGCAUUUACUCAACUGCUGAUAACACAAUGGAUGAAGUCUUCACUCGCAUCAAGAGGGCUUUGGCAAAUGGUAUCGUUAUCGGAAACACAAAGUACGAGUUCCUCGCUUUUGGCAACUCCCAAUUUCGCGAGCAUGGGGCUUAUUUCUUUGCACCAAAAGAUGGUGUUACAGCUGCGAGUAUGCGUGCGUGGAUGGGGCAAUUCAGUCAUAUUAGAAAUGUCGCAAAACAUGCAGCAAGACUGGGACAGUGCUUCUCUACGACAAGAGCUGUCUCGGGUUGCUCUGUGCAUGUCAAAAAAAUACAGGACGUGUCGAGAAAUGGAUACGUUUUCUCGGAUGGUGUGGGGAGGAUCUCAUCUUUUUUAGCUCAAAUUGCGAUGUCAGAGCUCAAGGUUAAAACACCUUCUAGAGAACCACCGUCUGCAUUCCAGUUUCGCCUUGGAGGCUGCAAAGGCAUGCUCAUCGUCUCUCCAGAAGCCAGCCGGCAAGAGGUUCAUAUUCGGAGAAGCCAAUACAAAUUUUCAGCACGUCACAGUGGUCUGGAAAUCAUUCGCUGGUCCCAGUUCUCCAUUGCAACACUCAAUCGACAGCUGAUUCUUGUGCUUUCCACACUUGGGAUUCCUGAUGAAGCAUUCCAUCUCAAACUCAGGUCGAUGCUAAGAAACUUAGACGAAGCGAUUGAAAGCGAUUCCAAGGCCAUAAAUUUACUCAAAACGUACGUGGAUCCCAAUCAAAUGACUCUGACUGUGAGUCAAAUGAUCUUUGACGGCUUCCGGAGAUCAAAGGAACCGUUUAUAACAUCCGUCUUCAAUCUUUGGAGAGUGUGGCAUCUAAAGUACCUGAAGGAAAAGGCGAAAAUCGCAAUUGAGAAAGGAGCAUGCCUUUUGGGGUGCAUGGAUGAAACUGCAACCCUAAAGGGCUAUUUCUCGGAUAAAAUCCCGAAAAGAGACGCACCCUUUGAGGAAAAGUUGGCAGCUCUGCCUCAAAUAUUUGUCCAGGUGUCCCAUCCUGGGAAUGGAGGACAGUACGAAAUAAUCGAAGGAUUGUGUAUCCUCGCUCGUAAUCCUUCCCUUCAUCCUGGUGAUAUCCGCGUUGUUAGGGCGGUCAAUGUUCCUCAACUAAGCCAUCUCAAAGAUGUCGUUGUCUUACCACAAACCGGGGAUCGAGAUGUUGCAAGUAUGUGCUCCGGUGGCGAUCUGGAUGGAGACGACUAUCUUGUGGUCUGGGACCAGGAUUUACUACCUAACGACUGGUUUCGUGAGCCUAUGAUGUACACUAGCAGGAAAGCUCAUGAUUUAGACCACGAUGUCACUGUGGAUGAAAUAACCUCCUUCUUUGUCACAUACAUCAAAAACGAUUGCCUUCCUACUAUUGCCCACGCUCACCUUGCUUGGGGAGAUUCCCUUGACGACGGCGUCGACGAAGCAAAGUGCAUUCAACUAGCACAACUUCAUUCGGACGCAGUGGAUUACAACAAAACCGGAAACCCAGCAGUGAUGACGCGCAACCUUCGUCCUCGAAGAUGGCCUCAUUUCAUGGAAAAAAACAACAUGCCUGCACACAUGGUUUAUCGCUCUGGAAAAAUCCUCGGCCAGCUAUAUGACGCUGUCGAACGAGUUGAUUUCGUCCCCAGCACUGAAAUGUGCUUUGACCGGCGCAUCCUGGAUUGCGAUAUCGAGAUCAAUGAAGUGCUCUGCAACUUUGCCAAAGGCUUAAAAGCUGAAUACGACACCGCCAUGCGCCGGAUCAUGGCGCAGCACGAUAUCAAGACUGAGUUUGAAGUGUGGUCUACUUUCGUACUGAGCCAUUCCAAGCUGAACAAAGACUAUAAAUUCCACGAAGAGAUUGGUGCAAUCUCAGCUGCCCUCCAGGAAGAAUUCCGUAAGAAAAUAUAUGAAGAAAUCGGGGGGCGCAGCUUCGAGUUGCUGGCUCCUAUGGCAGUUGCCAUGUACCGCAUUACACAUGAAGAAACCGUCGCGGCUUUAGAGAAACACCGCAGAACGGCCGUACCAGACGAGAAUAGCCUCCCUACAUCAGCUCCCAAAAUCGAGCAGAAGAUGCCUCUUAUCAGCUUUCCUUGGAUAUUCCCGCAAACACUCGGUCAAAUUGCAACCGGCCACUACGAGCAGCUUGCACCAGAAAUGCCUGCCCUUAACCAAAGAGGCCGCGAUACACCCAUCCCCACGAUUACAACCAAGGACGAAUCGAACGCCCUGGAAACAGGAACAACCCAAACCACGCCCGAAACCAAGGCAGUCACUGACCCUUUCGGUCUCAAUAUUGGGGACCAAAGCGUCACCACGGCGAGUAUCGAAAAAAGCACUCGCUUGGCUGGAAGUCGGCACAAUCAGCAGAAUCUACAGCUAAGCAGCAGCAGCAGCAGCAGCAACAACAACAACAGCAGCAGGGACAUAAACUCCCUAGAGCAGCUCCUUGAUUUCGGUCUCUCCAGCCUCCCAAACGCGGCAGCUUCCUCGCUUAUCUUCUCAGGAGCUCCUGCAAACAAGGAAACAAGCUUACUGGAUUUCGACGUCGUCACGGACAGUGCUAGAUGGUUGAUCGCACCGGGAGAGGGUGGGGAAACUCCGAAGGAGAGCCAGCUAGUGCAGGAUCAAGAAAGUAACCCGAACUGUAUUGAGAUUAUAGACGAAGGUACCUGUGAACCCACGGCGCUUGAUACGUUGAACGAGCUUCUUGGUCUUUAG